AUGACGUCAGCUUCACUGGUCGGCUCCUAUGUCGUGCUACAGAUAAAUGCGAGGGCAAUGGUGGCCGAGUACGCGGACUCGCCCAUACUCGCCCUCGCGAAGGCUCUGGGCACCCAGAAGUACGUUGCGCUCGUCGAAAAGGAAGUCCGCGUCGCCUCGUGUUCGGAUGAACCGAUGUGGCGCGUGUACCGCGUGUCCUUCGUCGGCCGCCACCCCCGCCUGCGCCCGGGGCUGUCUGGAUCUAGCUCACCCUCGCCCGACGGGUGCCUCCCUAUCUACCCUGCAACUCCGUCAUGCCACGAGACGGCGUACGCCCCCGUCCAUCCCUCCAAGGCGUUCCCAAAAGGCGACUGCUGUCACCGCCCCGAGCUCGAGACGUUCAUCCGCGUCCACCGACAGCCGCAUCACGUCCCACCACAAUGGAGGCUCUCCGACGAACAGAUCGCGCGCGUUACCGCGAUGCGGGAAAGCGCUGACCCCAGCAUCACCGGAUCAGAGGCGUCGUACGUCCAGGUGUUCACGCCGACCUCGCACAUCACGAGCACAAGCGCGGCCGAGACAUCAGUGUCCGAGCUCUUCGAUAGAGCUGAGAUGCGCAAGAGGCACGACACGAUGGACUCGGGAAGCGUAUACUCAUCAACCACCGCGUCGACGUCGACGUCGGUUGUCGUGCUGCUCGAGGCGCCGAGCGCGAGCCAGCUCGCGCUGACUCUUGAGUGCGACGCUUACCUGGACGAUAUCCCGCUCGUCGACGUCAGCUUCGAUAUCUCCGAGCUCGCCACGAUCCCAGACCCGGCGGAGUUCCUCGAAGAGCGCAACGUCGUUGCACAACUAGUCCGCAAAGCGGAGACACGAGAACGCAACUCGCCCGCGCCCUCUAUCCACACCGCAGACGCGCGCAGCGCGUUCGACGUCGAGUCCCGCCGACCCAGCCUCUCCCGCUGCCAGUCAUACCGGUCGCAGACCCAGCGCACGGUCACCUCCCGCGCAGCUUCACCGCUCGCCGCCCCACCGAUCCCACCACUCCCGCCGAUCCCAGCAGGCCCAGCGAAGUUGCGUAAAUCCCGCUCGCGCGCGUCGUACAAGCAGAUCCGCGCCGAUGCGCGUUCUAUACGCUCCGAAAGGAUCUCUCGGAAGAACUCGUCCGACGGGUCGCGAUCGGAUACGGUAAAGGAAUUUGGUGAGGGGAGGGAGCGCAAGAGAGGUGACUCCUUCAACUCCUAUUCUGUCCUUUCCUAUCCAGGCGACGCUCAUGGCGUUGCCUUGACAGAGAGGACGCUCGUCGAGUGGCUCGCUGCGUUCGCGGAGAAGCCGGUGAUCAUAUUCAGGAGGCCUGCCCGGGCUGUUAGGCGAUGGGUGCGGUGCAUAGUGCUAAGGAGCCGCAGGGGGGACAAAGCGAGGGCGAAGUUGUCGUAUCAGCUUGGAGAGGAUUCUGGCUUGCACAAGUGA